CUUCCAUACACGAAUAGAUUUGGGUUGGGGUUUUUUUUAGUGCUGUAAUUUCUUUCAAAGAUUCGGCCCCGGGUGCCGGUGCGCUCCCGGUGCGCUCCCGGCGCGUCGGGCGCUGCUCCCGGGUUUUUUUUUCCUGUUUUUUUUUUUUGGUUCCAGGGCUCGAGCAUUGUUCAGCCCUUUUUCAAAUCUGAAAGCCCGUCUGCUCUUUUGUCGGAAAUCGGAAAUCCUUUUUCCUGGACGCGUUUCCUGGCUCCUCGCAGAGUCGGAGCCCGCAGAGACGACACCCUUAGUGCGGCCGCCGUGCGCCGGCACCGGCACCGGGACGCAGUCGGGGACUUUAUGGUCCAUUCAUUGGAUCUUUUGUUGGAAUUUUGUGAAGUUUCAUAUUUCAUCGGAUUUUUUUUUCUUCUUGGGGAUCCCAUGCACCGGGCUAGUCAAUUAUACAGCGACGUUUAAUAUUUUUUUUACAACAGCUGCUCUCUCUACCGAGCCUGCUUAUUAUUAUUAUUAUUAUUAUUAUUAUUAUUAUUAUUAUUACUCUGAAAACAGAUUUAAAGAAAAUCCAUCUUUAAAGUGUGUUUUGAUUUCGUCCACUUCUAUUCCCUCGAGUGUUCUUGCUUCAUUCGAAGAUAUGAAAGUCAUUUCUAGGAAAAUAAUUCUGGACACAAGUGGAUUUUGUUUUCUUCCCCCAGCGAAGCAAUUAUUAGAUGCAUUUCUGAGGCAGCAGGCCUGCACCUGUUCAAGGAAGCAUCCUGUAAUAUUUUUUUUUUAAGCUGAUGGCGGUGAUGAUGAUGAUGGUGUUGAUGACGGUGACAUUGUGUCUGCUUUUGAUUUCAGAUCCAACAGAAAAUCUGUUGAAGGAAAGCAAAGGGACGUCGUGGGGUCCAAUAAAUACGGGAGUACAAAAAGGCAGCGGGCAGAUUCAGCUCUGGCAGUUCCUGCUGGAGCUGCUCUCUGACAGCACCAACAUGUCGUGCAUCGCCUGGGAGGGCACCAACGGCGAGUUCAAGCUCAUCGACCCGGACGAGGUGGCCCGGCGCUGGGGCGAGCGCAAGAGCAAACCCAACAUGAACUACGACAAGCUGAGCCGCGCGCUGCGCUACUACUACGACAAGAACAUCAUGACCAAGGUGCACGGCAAGAGGUACGCGUACAAGUUCGACUUCCACGGCCUGGCGCAGGUGUGCCAGCCGUCCACCACGGAGCAGGCCAUCUACAAGUUCCAGGGGAACUUCUCGCCGAUCCCCUUCGCCGGGAUCUCCAAGCUGAACCUCAUGGCCCCCGGCGUGGGGCCGUCGGGUUUCUCCUACUGGCCCGGCACCGCGACCACGGCUCUGUACCACAGCCACAACCUCCAGCCGGCGGGGCCCUUCGGCACCGUGUCCCCGUCCCACAUCAGCUGCGUCAACAACAUCAACAGCCUGGGUAGCAUCAACAACCACUACAACUGACUACUUGACUGCGUCUGUCUGCUGUCGACAGACUGGAGGGAGGACGUAAACACCACUAGUGACGCAGCAGAGCGCCAGAGGAGAGGUGGCACACACAUGGGCAAGGACGGUUGCAGGUGAAAGUAUCGUCUUGGCAAAAAAUUGAGUUCAUUUUGGUUAAAAAACAAACCAAAAACAUUUUAAACAUCACGCAAAAAUAAAAUAAAAAUAGUCUAGGCAGCAUCUGGUUGCUUUUAAAAUGUGUUAUUAUGGGUUGUAGCUGAUGCUGAAACGACAGUUGUGUGGGCCUGGUGUCUUAAAAUUGUAUGAAAACAGAAUACGUCUUCACCCAUUUUUAAUUGUAACUCAUAUUUUCAAUGCCACAUUACAUCAUCCAUCCAAGUGGUGCGGCCAAUCAAAUUACGCACGGGGUUUAAUCGACUUUUACCCGCGCAAAUUUCAAUAAUUGUAUUAAAUGAUAACUCACAAACAGACCCACGUGUGGAAUUUUCCUAAUUCCAUCCUCAAUCUGUGCAAUUAAUUCAUAUGUAGUUCAAUAAAAGUUUCUGCGUGGGAGACCAGUUUGCAAAAUGAACAAAAAUACUAGAACAUUAUCCGAAAGGGUAAUGAUAGACAUAAUUUCUAUUUAAUUUCCUUUCUGUUCACAACCUUUUCUCUCCCUUUGCCAUUUGUCAUCCCUUCUUCCUUAUUAAUUGAGUUCUGGGUCUGUUAUUAGAUACAGAUGGAUGUGUUCACUCCAAUUUGGGAGCAAGAUGGCCAGCCAUCACUGGACUGUUAGCGCCAUCUCGUGGUGUUAUGAAAUAGCCAAAUGCCUGCUAUAACACUUCAUAAUUGUCACUUUCACUCAAUAUCAGCACGACUACAUCCCCUUAAUCAGUCAAAACUCAGUAUCUUCAUUACCGGAAAUAUUCGAUCACGAGGCUGCGCCAAUAAAAAAGAAAUCCAACGUGACUGACUUUGCAAUAAAAAUAACACUACUUCAGAGGUGUGGGGUUGUAAAAAAUGUGUGACAUUAUAGGCUCUAACGUGAAUAGUGAUGAAAACUGUGAAUCCUCGAUCUACUCUGUAAAUACUGUAGGUAUAGGGUACAGACAGGCUCGGGCUAUUGCUGCUUUUUAGUGAUUUUGAAGUGAAUUACCAUGCAUCAUUCAUUUGUUCACAAAAGCUCAUAAACUGUAGCCUAACCAACUGUACCAAUAAUAUAAAAAAACAACAACAAAUGAAGUAAAUAAAGAUAGAUUGUUAUGAUCAAG